AUGCGGAUACCCUUUGCUCGCCGGCUUCCAAACAAUCUCCGCAAUCAUCUCGUUGCAAUGAGCGGAGAGUACGUCGGAACAGUACUCUUCCUCUUCUUUGCACUUGGAGGCACACAGGUGGCAAAUAAUAUUCCGAGCUCUGCUGGUAGAACAGUAGCAGAGGCUGGAAGUAAUCCACAACAGCUUCAGUACAUCGCGCUGUGCUUUGGAUUCUCCCUGGCGGUGAACGCUUGGGUGUUCUUCAGAAUCAGCGGCGGUCUGUUCAACCCUGCUGUCACGCUCGGCAUGUGCCUGAUCGGCGCUCUGCCGUGGUUCAGAGGAGUACUGCUCUUCUUGGUCCAGAUCUUGGGAGGCAUGACGGCAGCCGCCUUGAUCGCAGCAAUGCUUCCGGGAGAGCUAUCGGUGCAGACCACGUUGGGAGGUGGCACAUCCGUCGCACAGGGGCUGUUCCUUGAGAUGUUCUUGACCGCCGAGCUCGUUUUCACCAUUUUCAUGCUUGCCGCGGAGAAGCACAAGUCGACUUUCAUUGCACCCGUCGGAAUCGGACUCUCUCUGUUCGUGGCGGAAUUGGUGGGCGUGUACUUCACCGGCGGCAGUCUGAACCCAGCUCGUAGCUUUGGCCCUGCUCUGGUCAACCGGAACUUUCACGGCUACCAUUGGAUCUACUGGCUAGGACCCAUGCUCGGCGCCUGCUUGGCCGCAGGCUUUUACAAGUUCAUCAAGGCUCUCGAGUACGAGACUGCAAACCCGGACCAGGACGGCGAUGGCAGGCCGAUUGAGCACCACUCUGAGGACGAGAAGACGCUCCGUCCAAGCAGUCACAGCAACGCAACGGGGUUCGCUGGUAGAGGGCUACAAGCAGAGAACCAUUCUUACGGGGACUUUGCUCGCAACACCGCUGCAACGACGAGCCCGCGGCCCGCUUACACGACCCAGGUCUCAAUGGCGGCCAUGCAGUCUCCUGGGAUGAGCUUCGAUGGUGUUGUGCACGGCGGCGACGACGAGAACAACCCUCAGGUCAACUCCAACUCCGAUGGAGCUGUGCGUCGGAUUGGUCGAGGCGCCAGCUAUACAGCGUAG